AAACACCUGAUCUCUUGUCUUGAAUGAGAAGUUAUAGGACACAGAAUUUUUUGUGCACUCUUACAGAUGAUUUUUUGGAUGUAAUACAGAGAGCUGUCAAAACUGGAGUUCAAAAGUUCAUGAUUACAGGAGGCAGUUUGCAAGAUAGCAAAGAUGCACUGGAAUUGGCAAAGACAAGAGAUUCUUUCUAUAGUACAGUUGGUUGUCACCCUACACGCUGUGGUGAAUUUGAGCAGAACAAUCCAGAGCAGUACUUGUCUGAUCUUAAAACUUUGGCCAUAGAGAACAAAGGGAAAGUGGUGGCCAUUGGAGAAUGUGGUUUGGAUUUUGACAGAAUGGAAUUUUGUCCUAAAGAGAUUCAACUAAAAUACUUUGAAAAGCAAUUUGACCUGGCAGAAGAAACUAAAUUGCCUCUGUUUCUACACUGCAGAAAUUCACAUGCAGAAUUUUUAGAUAUAAUGAAGAGAAACAUUGACAGAUGUGUUGGAGGUGUGGUAAGUGUAACAGUUAUGUGAAUCAAUCUAGG